ACCCUCUUUGCUCUUACACGAACAAGCUUCACUGACACUGUUUUGCCAUGCUCAUGGUGACACUGUUUGGGCAACACAGAAUUAUUUUCCCCCAACUCAGCAGGUUAUCUACUGUGUGGUUGGACUGAGCAUCUUGGCUGAGAAUGGCAAUCCAAUACAUCAAGCACAAGUACCUGUGGAUUUAUGUUUUAAAUUAUGAAAAACUGUAGGAAAAAACAGUAAUGGAGAAUCCACCUGUGAUGAGUCUGGAGGCACAGCAGUCUUGGACAGCUUCAGGAAAACAAAAGUCAGCCAUUUCAACAACAAAAGAGUUGACCUCAGAAAGCUCUGCUCUCUUGGCUAACGGCUCCGUAGACCACAGAGGGGACGAUUGUCUCCCUGAAGCCCAAAGCUUGCUGUUGGAGCCGGAUCAGAACGUACACAAGCUGAAGAAGAGUUUUGUUUGUGUCUGUCAUAACAACAUUGAAUUUGGGGAAGCUGUGGGCUUACAGGAGCCUGAACAAUCAGUCAUUCACAUUAAAGCCCCCCUGGACCAAAGUCCACUGGACUCAUCUCAGCCGCAUGAAGCAGGUAUUUUGUCCACAAUCUUAGAUGACAACUCCCGUUUGCUUUCUGGUUCUGUUGCAGAAGGCAAGUCGGAUCAGGUGGUUCAGAAUCAUGUUGGCCGGACGUUAAACAUGAUGUUGGGAUGUGUAAAAACAGACUUUAAGAGCUUAGAGCCAAUAUCAAAUGGCGAUGUAUUUAUUCCUCCUGAGGACGCCUGCCCCAAUAUUAAUCUGGACUCCACUUCCACCACCCCUGACCCCCGGAAUCUUUCUGAUCCUGGCCCGAGGCUCCUGGAUCCACCACGCAUUGUGAAGUACAAACAUAGCUCCAUCACCUUCUCACACUACACCUGUCCCUCCGCAGCCGACAAUCAUGUUUUUGUCAAUGAGACUUCUGAGGAUGGAGAGUCUUCCCUGGAAGAGGAUGAUCACAAUGAUGAUGAUGAUGAUGAUGAUGGUGAUGAUGGUGAUGAUGGCGAUGAUGGUGAUGAUGGCGAUGACGAUGAUGUGUUCUCAGAUCUGCCUCAGAGUAGAGAAUACCUCGUCCAGCAAAGACAAAGGAGCAAAGACAAACAGAAGAGGAGAAGCACUGCAAGUGCUCGAGCAGAAAUCAAUCAAACGGCCAGAAAGUCGGGUUAUGAAGCAGAGGGGGAAACGUGCUGUAUGGAGGAGUCUGCGCAGGUCAAGUCUCCCUGGUCGGAGUCAAUGAGCCAGCUGAUGAGGAAACUGGACCAGCUUAAUCGAGACAUAGAGGAGGCUCUGAGUGCAAACUCCUCCCCCUCCGACACACCCUGCACCACCCGCAAGAAACAGUGGGGUGCUGUCUCAAAGUCCACGUUAAACCAAGCCUUGAACGACCAACUUCUGCAAAGACCAGACAGAGGGGAAUGUCUGAGCGACUGCAGGUCUUCUGCUCCUCGCAGCGCCUUGAUAGCAACAAGAGCGUCCACCAAGAAGACGAUGUUCAAUAAGAUGACCAAUGCAGCAGGGGCAGAAAUCGAGGCGAAAGAGGCGUGUGACUGGCUGCGUGCGGCAGGAUUUCCCCAGUAUGCUCAGCUCUUUGAAGAUUCCCAAUUCCCCAUUGACAUAACCCCUGUGAAAAGAGAUCAUGACUUUCUGGACAAAGAUCUCGUGGAACCUCUGUGCAGGCGACUCAACACCUUGAACAAGUGUGCUUCUAUGAAACUUGACGUGAACCUUCCUAAGAAGAAAAGUGAAGACUCUGAUGAAGAAGACCUGUUUGCUAUCAGUGACAAAUGGACCUUUGAGUGGAGCAGCCGGCGUUGGUCCAGGCUACAGGACACUGAUUGUCUGCUGGGAGAAGGUCAGCCCUCCAGCGACGGCCUGCCUCUGAGAACCACCACCAGCAGCGAGAGUGUUCUGACUGACCUCAGCGAGCCAGAGAUUUCCUCCCUGCACAGUGAGAGCAGCGGUGGCAGCGGCCACAGAGGCCUCAGCACAGAGGACUCUGACUGCUCCAACCGCACCGGCUCCGAUUCUGCAGCAAUGCCAGACUCUACUUCUCUCACAAUGCCUCACAUCCCCAAAGAAAUUGCCCACUACGGCUCACUACCUAAUAAGCAUGGCAAGAUAAGCCACACCCGUGCCAAAGACUUCUUGAAGCGCAUGGAGACACUGCGAUCCAAAGGAACACUGGGAAGGGGUCGUAAGUCAUUGGUAAUCGGCUCUCCGGUGCUGCAGCAGGAGGCCCAGGCACUGAAGACCCUGCAGUGUGUCGAGAUCAUUAAUGGACAUGCUGAAGCUCCAGAAUUACCGCCCAACAAAGUUCAGCCGUCCCAGUCCAGUAGUGAGGGUAGCAGCCACUCUAGUGGCAGCGCUGUCAGCACACCCAGCCUAAAAGAGCGUAAACCUCACCGGGCUGACCACAAGCGGAGUGGCAUGUAUUUAGAGGACUUAGACAUCUUCUCAGGCACCCAAGUGAAUAAAGUUGCUGAACAAAACCGCAGGAAUGAGUUCUGCUCUUAUGAGGACCUGGUUGUCCACAUUCCCAAAGACCACAAGCCAGGUACCUUCCCCAAAGCACUGUCCAUAGAGAGCCUGUCCCCAACCAAUGGGGCGUCUAUCAACUGGCACAGAGGCAGCAUGCACCUGGACUCCCCACUGAUCUCAUGCAGGAAGGAAUCCAGACCUGUCACACAGUGCUGCUCCAGAGGCAGCCGCAUCAGUGUGUAUGAUAAUGUUCCUGGCUCACAUCUGUACGCCAGCACUGGAGACCUGAUAGACCUGGAGAAGGAAGACCUGUUUCCUCAUCUAGACGACAUCUUGCUGCACGUCAACGGUCUACAGCAGAUAGUGGACCACUGGUCCAAAAAUGUGUUGCCUGUGGGAGAAGGACUGUCACAGGCGGACAGCAAGAAGGAACAUGAAGCAGGUCAACAGUCCUCCAGUCAGAUCACAUUGGACUUUGAGGGAAAUUCAGUCGCAGAAAGCCAGACUACACCUAGUUACGGUGACAGAGACAGAGUAUCACUUGCUGAAACCGAAUCAACUGUCCUCAGGGAGAGGAGGGACUCAGGAGUAGGGGCUUCACUCACAAGACCUAAUCGGUUACGGUGGCCCAGCUUUCAGAUAUCUAAUCGCCUAAGUCACUCAGUGGCGUCCCUGCAGAUCACCAACCAGUCAGCAGGCCAGCUCAGUUUGUUGCAGAAGUUUUCUCUGCUGCGCCUUACUGCAAUCAUGGAGAAGUACUCCAUGUCCAACAAGCACGGCUGGACCUGGUCCGUGCCAAAGUUUAUGAAGAGAAUGAAGGUACCAGACUAUAAGGAUAAGAAUGUGUUCGGCGUGCCUCUCAUAGUGCAUGUGCAGCGUUCUGGGCAGCCGCUGCCCCUCGGCCUGCAGCAGGCCCUGCGGUACCUGAGGAGCCAGUGUCUUGACCAGGUGGGUCUGUUCCGUAAAUCAGGGGUGAAGUCUCGAAUUCAAGCGCUCAGGCAGAUGAAUGAGAAUUCUCCAGACAAUGUGAACUAUGAGGAUCAGUCUGCCUACGAUGUGGCUGACAUGGUGAAGCAGUUCUUCAGGGAUCUACCUGAGCCUUUGCUCACCAGCAAGCUGGGGGAGACCUUUCUCCAUAUCUACCAAUAUGUACCGAAGGACCAAAGGCUGCAAGCUGUCCAGGCAGCCAUCAUGUUGAUGUCAGAUGAAAACCGGGAGGUGCUGCAGACACUGCUCUGUUUCCUCAGCGAUGUGACAUCCUCUGUGGAGGAGAACCAGAUGACACCCAUGAACAUUGCUGUGUGUCUGGCCCCCUCCCUCUUCCAUCUCAAUAUACUCAAGAAAGAUAAUCUCUCACCAAGGGCCAUGCGGAAGAAGUAUGCCACUGGCAGACCAGACCAGAAGGAUCUGAAUGAAAACCUAGCAGCAACACAGGGCCUCGCUCAUAUGAUAGUAGAGUGCAACCGUCUCUUUGAGAUCCCUCAUGAGAUGGUUACUCAGUCACGUAAUUCAUAUGUGGAGGCUGACUUACAUGCACCAACAAUUGAGGAGCUGUGCAAGCAUCUGGAGGAUCAGGAUGGAACGUACCACACUCACAUGGAGGGGAGGCUUCAGAACCAGAUCAAAGAGGCCCGGGAAAAGUCCAAAUACUGGGUGUCCUGCAGUAGCUCUGAUAACACAGAGCUCUCCUAUAAGAAGGUGGGAGAUGGGAACCCUUUGAGACGCUGGCGAGUGUCUGUGGAGGUGGAAGCCCCACCAUCUGUAGUCUUGAACCGUGUGCUACGAGAGCGCCACCUAUGGGAUGUGGAUCUGCUGCAGUGGAAAGUGUGUGAGACACUGGACAAGCAGACAGAAGUGUUUCAGUAUGUCCUCAACCGCAUGCCCCCUCAUCCCAGCAGGGACUUCGUAGUACUUAGGUCUUGGAGGACAGACUUGCCCAAAGGUGCCUGCUCCCUGGUUUCUGUGUCUAUAGAGCAUGAGGAUUGUCCGCCUGUGGGAGGGGUACGCGCUAUAGUACUGGAGUCCAACUACUUGCUGGAGCCCUGCGGCUCAGGAAAGUCGAGGCUCACUCACAUCUGCAGAGUGGACUUGAAAGGAAGGACUCCAGACUGGUACAACAAAGCCUUUGGUCACCUUUGUGCCGCAGAAGCUGCCCGGAUACGCAACUCCUUUCAGCCGCUAAUCGCAGACGGCCCGGAGACCAAAAUCUGAAACUCUUUGCCAAGUGUGUCUGCUCAGCCUUGAGAUCAAGAUUGAGCCUUUGAGUCAUUGCUUACAUGCAGACACAAAGCAUAGACAGGACCCCAGAACUAAAGCACAGUUUAUUCUUUUAUUUCCAGAGUAAAAACGCUCUGAAAAUAAAUUUGAGCUCCUCUGUACUUGCACAAUGACAAAAGAGGACAUCUUAUAGGUGCUGAGCAUAAUUACUCAAUGGGAAAAUAAUCAUCCUGCCAAUGUCCUUAGCUUUAGGAUUUUAUUUACAUUAAUGUUGCUUAACCUGUUUAUUAUGAUAAUUAUUAUCUUUAAUAAUAUUGUAUUACUGCUACUUUAAUCUACAAUGUCUAGGACAUUCAAGCUCCUUAAACGCUUCUGGGAAGCAUGUAUAUGUUAUUCUUUUCAGAUUUAAAGCUAUAAUUAUUAUGAUGUAGACUCCAGCGACUGUAAAUAUGUGUGUGAAUAUACUGUACAUGCAAGGUAGAUGUAUAUAUUGUAUAUAUGUGAAGGGAUAAAUAGUAUAUAUGUUAAUAUCCUAUAUAUUGAUUUUUUCACUGUGUCAAGCUUUCUGUAGUACACAUGGUACAAAUUGUAAGCUGGUUUUACUUUGCCUCAGUAUUGCCAUUUUGGAAUGGGUCUAAUUUUAUUGAACUCUGACCCCCAGGUGGUUGUAAAAAGAAUGACUUAAGGUUUGACUUGUUCAUACCUGCUUAAGGGUACUGAAUUGUGCAGUCAAGUACAAAAGACAUCCUUUUAUAAUAAAACUAUCAAAAUUAUAA